UGAGUAUUCAUGGUUAAUAAAUACUGCUCUAUUUCCUAACACAAGGAAGGUUUUACCCAUAUGCAGUUCAUAGCUGAAUAGUUGCGGACUAUUAAUCGCAAAUUAAAAUCUAUCAUCGUGGAAAAGGAAGCUACCCGAGUCGAAACAUGAAGCUAACACUUUUGCUUUUCUUCACAUUCGUCGUUGCCACGAUGGGCUUGGAAGGUUGGAUAGAAAGAGUGGCGAUUCUUUUAAAAAUGACGAAGUAUGAAACGCGGGUAUGCUUUUUCGAGAAGAACAUUACACUAGAGGAUUUGAUGAAAUUUGAUAUGAUGUCGGUAGACAAUUUACAAGCAACAGAUGCCCAAGAUAUAAAUUUAAAAAUCGGCUGUCUGUUAGCCUGCUUAGGCGAGAAGAAAGAAAUGAUGACAGGUGCGCGUUUAAAUUUAGACAAGAUAAAAGAGUUGCUACAGAAACACUAUGCGGAGAUACAAGCCUUUGCGGAGGCACUUAAUCCUGAGAAACUCGCUGGUUUCGACCGACUUAUAGAUUCAUGUGCCAAUCAGGUUGAAACCAUAACCAACAAGUGCGAAGUGGCUCUUAGAUUCCUACGCUGCGUGAAUGAAUAAAGUGCACGUUUCUACGAGAUACAAUAACAAUGAAUAUGAAUUAAUGAUAAUAAUAGUGAAAAUUAAUGAUAUGGUAAUAAAUAAAGUAUGUAAAGCACAAUAUUAUGAUGUGUUAAGAGCUUCUUAGCUUUAAAGCGUGCAACACAGAACUCCCAAACCCACACAAAGUUUCCGUUGCUCAUUAAAUAAAGAGAAAAAGGAGAAAGUUCAGAAUAAUGUGCAAGAAAGGUUAUUGUAGAUUUCUCUGCAGAUGGACAUGGAAAAUUAAACAAAUUAAACAUAAUUCAUCACAUUAUUAAAGUUUCUUAUAAAUUUUAGGUAACAGGAUCGAAGGAUACGAAUUGAAUCUCAAACUCGCGUUGUGCUUAAUGAAUAAAGUGCGACAUAUUACAAAAAUUUAAUUUUAAUAAAUUGUGUUUCUAUUACGAAAAUUUAGUAUUGAGAAUUAUUAAGAAAUUUGAUUAAAUACUGCAAGUAUUUCAAUAUAUAUUUGACUAAAUCAUUAAUUAAAAUCAUUAAUUAAUGGAUUACUGUAAUCAAAGAAUAUGGUUUGCAACAGAUCAUUUUGAAGUAAUUAAAAUAAAGCAAAUAUUUAAUCAUUUAUUCGUCCAAAUUAUUCAUGCAUCGAAACAUUCAUGCAACAAAAUAUUCGUAAAAGAGAAACGCCACACAUACAUAUAUGCGUAUGUGUCACAAGCAAAAAGCAACAAAAUACUUUUACACUUCCGCGAAUAGCUUAUUCCGUUUUUGAAGAUCACUACGUAAGAAAAAGCACAGACGAAAAUAAUAAAUCAAUAAUUAACAGGAAAUCAAACUCCCUAACGUAUUCUUGUUAUUUCCUUGUUAAUUCCAUUCGUGUUUAACGA